AUGACGUCCCAAAUGACAAACGACAUAAGUGACAUAGGAAUGACAAAUACAGAGGCAGACUCUUCGCAAGCACACGCUCAUGAAGCAACAUCAAGUGUAACUCCCGACGAUGCAACCUCCAGCAAUGCAGCUACACCAUCGGGGAGCGAAGGAGCAUCAAGACAGUCUAAUCUUCAACGCAUACAGCAUAGAAAACAGCAAGUUUACAAUUGGCCACAUAACAAGAAACUACUUAAACUUGCUAUAUAUUCUGCUUGUCAAACUCCUGAUUGUAACUGUAAUGGAUGGAAGACUCCUAUCCAGCAACAAACGGCAAAAGCAAAUGCAAGAUCAGAUAGCCAGCCAUUAGCCAAUUUCACGGACCCUUGCCGCAAUUGCAAUCACAUAUUGGAAAAACAUGUUACCCAGUUGCAAGGAUUGGCGAUGUCGGAGGUUAAUCGUCUUUUAGGGGCUGUGGUAGAUGUAGAGAACAUUUUCAUGUCAAUGCACAGAGAAGAUGAUCAUGAUACCAAGCGUGUUUAUUAUUACCUGUUUAAGUUAUUGAGAAAGUGCAUCCUGACACGGUCUCAUCCUCGCAUUGAGGGUCCACUGGGUCAACCGCCGUUUGAACGGCCCUCCAUAGCUAAGGCCAUCACUAAUUUUGUCCUGUACAAAUUCAAUACGCUGCCACAGAGAGAGUGGCAGACAAUGUAUGAUCUGGCUAAAAUGUUUCUGCACUGUUUCAACCAUUGGAAUUUUGAGACUCCAAGUGUUAGGAAACUGCAAGUAUCUAAUCCAGAGGACAUAUCAGCAUAUCAAAUAAAUUACACAAGAUGGUUGGUGUUCUGCCACGUGCCGGCGUUCUGCGACUCUUUGCCCCAUUUCGAGACGUCGCUUGUGUUCGGGCGGACGUUGCUUCGCGCCGUGUUCAAGUCUGUGUGCCGCCAGCUGAUGGACAAGUGCCAUUCGGAACGCGACCGUAUGCCGCCCGAGAAAAGGGUAUUGGUUCUGACGCACUUCCCACGUUUUCUGGCACUGCUUGAGGAAGAGAUAUUUAGUGUCAACUCACCCAUUUGGGACCCAGAGUACAAGCAAGUGCCACCUAAUCACCUGCAAGCGAUAUUAGAUAACAAAAAUAGUGGACGGCGUGGGGAGUUCGAGAGGGUCACCGCGGCAGGCGAGAGCAAGGACGGCUUUACGACCGUCUCCCUAUCCUCAGGGUCGGUGAAGCAGGAGGGCGCGAAGCGGGCGGCGGAGUCGCGGUCCGGCGAGGCGCCCGGCGGCGGCGCCAAGCGGCGGCGGCUGGCGGACGGCGACGGCGAUGACGUCAGCGAGCGCACCGUCGCCGAGAUCGUCGCCACCAUCACCGACCCCAACUACAUGUGCGGGCCCGACGCGCUGUUCCAAAUGCAAGCGCCAAGGGAUGAAGCCGCCAAGCUGGAAGAACAGAGGAAGAUGAUAGAGUUCCACGUGAUCGGGAACUCACUCACGGGCCCAGUAAACAAGCAGACUAUGCUAUGGCUCAUCGGCCUCCACAACGUGUUCUCACACCAGCUGCCUGAAAUGACUAAGGAGUAUAUAUCGCAACUGGUCUUUGAUCCAAAGCACAAAACAUUGGCCCUGAUCAAGGAAGGGAGACCUAUUGGCGGGAUUUGCUUUAGAACUUUUCAUUCACAGGGUUUCAGCGAGAUAGUGUUCUGCGCAGUGACCUCCAACGAGCAGGUGAAGGGCUACGGGACCCACUUGAUGAACCACCUGAAGGAUUACCACAUCAGGAACAACAUCCUUCACUUCCUGACCUUCGCGGACGAGUUCGCCAUCGGUUACUUCAAGAAGCAGGGCUUCAGCAAGGACAUAAAGCUGCCGCGCGCCAUGUACCAGGGCUACAUAAAAGACUACGAAGGCGCCACUCUGAUGCACUGCGAGCUGAACCCGCGCAUCGUCUACACACAGUUCACCAGCGUCAUACGCAGACAGAAAGAGAUCGUGAAGAAAUUGAUCGACAUGCGUCAGAAGGAGAUUAGGAAAAUUCACCCGGGGCUUACUUGCUUCAAAGAGGGCGUGCGCAGUAUCCCGGUGGAGUGCAUUCCGGGGCUUCGCGAGAGUGGCUGGCGGGGCGCCAGAGGCACCGGCGGGGAGGCCGAGCCGGACGCCGAGCACAGCGUGCUGCGCGCCGUGCUGCACGCGGUUAAGAAUCAUGCGGCGGCGUGGCCAUUCCUAAAACCAGUCGACAAGUCCGAGGUGCCAGAUUACUACGACCACAUCAAAUAUCCCAUGGAUCUGCGCACUAUGGGCGAAAGGCUGAAGUCCCGUUACUACGUGUCUAAGAGGCUCUUCAUAGCAGAUAUGACGAGGAUAUUCACCAACUGCCGGCUCUACAAUUCCCCGGACACAGAUUACUACAGAUGCGCGAACCUCCUUGAGAAAUACUUCCACACCAAGAUGAAGGAGGCAGGCCUGUGGGACAAA